AUGCCUAUCGGAAAAAUCGAACAAUUCGACCUCGCUAGCAAAAAGUGGUCGGCGUACGUGAGACGCGUCGAACAGUAUAUGGCGUUAAAUCAAAUCAAAAGUGAACACGAAGUGGCUACGUUAGUGGUGUUAGUAGGUGAAGCUACGUAUGACUUGAUGUGCGAUUUAUGUGCGCCUGAUAACCCCGAAACUAAAACAUUUAAGGAUUUGGUGAAGAUAGUCGGCGACCAUCUCGAGCCAAAACGUUCGGAAAUUGCCGAACGACAUGUAUUUCGUCAGAGGCGUCAGAAUAUAGGCGAAAAUCUCUCCGAAUAUUUACAAGUGUUGAAGCACUUGGCAAGUACAUGUGAAUUUAAAACUUCUCUGGAAGAGAACCUACGGGAUCAAUUUGUAUCAGGAUUAGCAAGUGAGGAAAUGAGGUCUCGACUUUUUGCUGAACCCAAAUUGACUUAUAAGAAAGCGAUUGAAUUGGCAUUGGCGUUGGAGGCAGCAGAUCGGCAUGCGCAGGCGAGCAGUUCUGGCUACGCGCGGGAUAAAACGGCGAAUGCAGCGGUGGCGGCGCCGACCGGCGGCGCGCGCGCCGAACCCGUGCACCGAGUAGCGGCCGCUCAGCCCGUCGUAGCCGCGCGGCUAUGUCACGGUUUAGCAGGCGUAGGGGCUCCUGGGGAGGGGUCGCGGCCGGAGCGCCCCUAUUUCGACGACGUGUCGCCCCGGAACGUGUCGGCAGUCGUCGGACAGUCCGCGAUACUCCGAUGCCGGGCAAAACAUAUAGGCAAUAGAACAGUAUCCUGGAUGCGGAAGCGGGACCUGCACAUCCUAACUUCUCACAUCUUCACGUACACUGGAGACGCAAGGUUCAGCGUGCUCCACCCAGAGCCGUCAGACGAUUGGGAUUUGAAGGUGGACUACGUGCAACCCAGAGACGCAGGAGUGUACGAGUGCCAGAUCAACACUGAACCCAAAAUCAACAUGGCCGUCGUGUUGAAUGUUGAAGAUGAGUCCCUUCCCGCGACCUCGGCCCCGCCCCGUUCCUCAGCCGCCGCGGCGUCCAUAUGGGGCUCGCAAGACGUGUACGUCAAGAAGGGCAGCACCAUAUCUCUCACGUGUUCUGUUAACGUCCAUUCCUCACCACCCUCCAGCGCGUCGGUGUUGUGGUACCACGGUAACGCAGUGGUGGACUUCGACUCACCCCGCGGUGGCAUCAGCCUCGAGACAGAGAAGACUGAAGGAGGCACCACCAGCAAGCUGCUGGUCACUAAGGCCGCGCUCACCGACUCCGGCAACUACACAUGCGUGCCCAACAAUGCGCACCCCGCUUCAGUGUCCGUGCACGUGCUCAAUGGUGAGCAUCCAGCAGCGAUGCAGACGAGCAACCGAGCGUCGUCCUACUUGACGUCGCAGCUCAGCUGUGCGCUCGUCACGUACUUGCUCUCCUCUGCCGUCUGCAGAUGA